CCGUUGGAAAUUGCAGCUUCUCAUGGAUCCAGCGAUAUGAUCAAUCUUUUGUUGAGUCACGGAGCACCAAUUGAUGCCAAGGGUUUGUACAACCGCACACCUUUGGAAACGGCUUGUCUGGCGGGAAAUUUUGCAACAGCCGAAUCUUUGCUUCGUCAUAGAGACUUUCGCGAUUAUAUAGCACCAGACCUGCCAUCUCAACCACUCAUGAUUGCUGUACAACAGGGUCAUUAUAAGAUCGCAGAGGCGCUUCUUCGUCAUGGGUCAGAU